CGCACCUACCGGAAGUUCGUCAUUGCCAAGGAGAUUGUACACAAGCUCAUCGCAUCGCAUCUUCUUGUCAUUUUGAUUCAAUACAUCGACAGUGUGUCGGUGCACUGUGUAGGAUGACGUGACCCAGAAGCAACAGUGCCAUCAUGGUUGAACAAUAUCAAGAGCAAUACAUGCUGGAUCUCCUGCAGGACUUGAGGACCUCCAAACUCUACACAGAUCUCCACAAUGCAGCGCAGACAGAAGCAGCCAAGGCAAGUCUCCGUAUCUCAGACUUGAAAAAGGGUGUACAAGCUGGACUUGUACAGUCAGGCUGGGACAGACGACUGCGCAAUGCUGUAUGUAAGUACAUACAGACCCACCCCAAGGCCUCUCAGCCGCAUACCCCCCCAGAACAGACCAAGGAACCCUUGGCUCACCUCAGGAAGGCACAGCAAGCGUGGGAGAAGAAAAUUCUGAAGAGCCUGAACAGUAUGUGCACAGAGCUGAAUAUUCCACUUGCUAGAAGGCGCCCAGAGCGAGAGCAGCGUGAGAUGUCAUCCCGCUGGACCGAACUUGGUACUGAUGGUCCAGGUAAUUAUUAUCUGAGUCAGAUUCGUCCGGUGUAUGCACCCAAAGAUUUCCUGGAGGUUGUCAUCAGUCUCCAGAACCCCAACUAUCAGACAAGUCCAGCACCAAGUUUCUACAACUUUUGGGGCAUUAUUCAAAUUCCAUUAAAAGUGAAGGAAAUAAAUGAACUGAGACUGCAGUACAGCGACAUGUCCAUCAACCAGUGUCAGACCGGAGUGGACGACUACACUGACAUCCCUGUGGAACUGUUUGAGCAGGACAGAGUCAAACUUGGCAAAACUGUGAUCAAAGCCAACCACGGACCUAUAGCACAGGAGUAUGCAAAGAAAGGCUGCCCUGUCAGUUUGCGGGGCGAGCUGUGGUGUCAGAUGUUGGUGGUUGAGGUGGAUGAUGUGGAUGUGCUGUACUAUGACCAACUGAAGGCCAAUGUGCUGCAGCAUGACCUGCUAGUGGACAACUUGUUAUAUAAGGAUGUGAAACUUACAGCUACAAAUGAUGACCAGUAUUUUGUUUUUGAGGAUUUCCUGUACCAGGUGCUGUUGCCGUUUUCCCGAGAUACUCAUGUCCUGAAGCACUUCCAGCAGAGCAGUGCCACUCCCCCAAAGUCGUAUAUCCGGGGAAAGCUAGGGAUUGAGGAAUUUGCUGUCUUCUACCCUCCUAAUGGAGUCAUCCCCUUCCAUGGCUUUGCCAUGUAUGUGUCUCCUCUGUGCUUCUUGUACAAGGAGCCAGUCAAGCUGUACUAUGUCUUCCGGGAGCUCUACAUGCAGUACUUCUUCCGUUUGCACAGUGUCUCCUCCCAUCCAGAGGGUAUCGUGGGGCUGAGUCAACUGUUUGAAAAGCUGCUACAAGAACAAGAACCACAACUCUUCUACCACCUCAAGUCUGUUGGCUGUCAGCCACUGAAAAUAUCGUUCAAGUGGAUGAUGAGAGCAUUUUCUGGUUUCCUGGCCAGUGAGCAGGUCUUGCUGCUGUGGGACAGGAUCCUGGCAUACCGUUCCUUGGAAAUACUGCCUGUGUUAUCCGUGGCCAUCUUCUCGUUCCGUAAGACGAACCUGAUGAAGGUGCAGACAUUUAAUGCUGCUGAGGCGGUCCUGGCAGAUCUGACGACAUUGCAAGUUGUCCCACUCAUCCAGCUUAGUCUUUUCUCUCAGUGAUCAGCAGACAAUCCCAGCUUGGCUCACUCCUGCCUUUAGGAAAUGACUAACGGCAGUUUUGUCUCAGCACAAGAUAGCCUUAUCGCAAUGUGAAUAUUUAGACAACAACCCCCAAUUUAUAAGGUAUCUCAGAUUAACUGUCACAGAUUAGCAAACCAACGUGAAUACAUGAAGUAAGCCUCAAGGCCCUUUUGAUGUCUUAUAGCAUUGAUAUUUCAUAAAUCUGAGUAUCCUGGCUAUAUGUAUGUAUAUAGCCCAUUGCUUUUAAGAGAGAGAAUGAAGAAUACAGAUGAAAUGUCAUCUUAGAACGAAAACCUAAAUGCUGUUGACUGUUGACAGGUGAUCACACGGAUUCAAGUGUCCAAUUAUCAUUUUGAUUUGUCAUACUGUACAUGUGCAGGUAUCAGAAGGCUAUCACACUGAGUGUUUCUAUCGGAGGUCUUCUGUACGAUAAUGUUACCAGUUGGUGAGGGAUGUUCAAGGCUCAGCUGGUUGGAGGACAAGUGUAGCCACAUUGAUACAGUUGUUUCCGUGUAAUAUAUUGAGAAAAAUUCAAUUAUCACUAGUUGCUACUACUGCCAGUGUGAAAGAUUGAAGCAUGCAGAGACGCAUAUAAGAAUCAUUAAUUAUUCUGUGGUGACAGUUACAAUGAAACGACAUGGUUUUGAAGCGAUUGAAUCAAGGAAUGAAUGAAUGAACAAAUGAAUGAACGAAUGAUUGAACCAACAAACAAACAAACAAACAAGCCAACGAAUGAAUGAUGGUAGACAUCUAUAGGCAGUCUGACAAAAGUGAACAUGGGAACUAAAACAAAUUAUUCCUUCACCAUAAAGCUGUAGUCCAGUGGAGCUUGACUAUUGUUAUGGCUUCAUUGUCAGUAUGAGUCAAGAAGGAUGAGGUUCGAUAAAGGUUCUUUAGGUCCACAGGAAAUGUCAGAAUUCUAAAGUUUAAUAUCUGGACUUUGUUGAACAUGAAAAAGGAUGUAAAGGUUGAAAUAUAAGAAAAUAUGGCAAAAAGAAUGAAAAAACUCGCAGCUACCAAGAUGAGGACCUGAUUGUACACAUUAUGUGAGAAUCACACACAACUAGCAGACAUUCAAGAUAUGUGUGUUAGACCAGAAACACCAAAAAUUAUUACUUGGACAUGCUCAUUAUGACAACUAGUUAAUUUUAGACCCCCAUAUUUAUGAGGUUGGUUUUUUGGACCACCUCCAUGGUCCAAUGUAUAGAACAUCUACCUUGAGAAAGGGAGGUUCUGGAUUUGAUCUUGUGGACAUCAUGGCAAAAGAUGGUGGUUCUUGUGAUCCUUUCUGGCAUUCAGCAUUAGUGGGAUAAAGCAAUGGGACAGUGUGUGGGGUAUCCAUGUUGAACUAUGUCACAAUAUUGCAGGGGUCCAUCACUAAGAAACUAGCCUUUGGUCCAGAGUAUUACUAAUGGCUCCACAAAACAUGUGCCUGCAGGUCUGUUUGAUAGUGAACUAUAUUGAAAGCAACAAUAAUCCCGUUUCACCUGCUAUCCGAAGCCUCUCUUAAAUUCUGUUUGGAGCUGUUGUAUUGACAGGGGGAUGCAGUUUCAAACAGGGAUGAGGAACUUGAUACAACACAUUUUAAGGAGGAUUGAUAGCACUUGGGAAGACCACUGUACAAAGGGGUACACACCUUGGUAGUUAGAAAUACCAUAAUGCCCAAAUACCAAAUGUUUGAUUCUGCGUGUACAUCUGUGCAUUUGUAUGGUUGGCUGUGUUGAGAAACUGACAUGUAAUGAAGAUGUAAAUAUAUAAUUUAGAUAUUUAUUGAUGCUUUUGAUAUUUGUUUUUGUCUUUACUGAAUAAAGUUAAAAAGGUCACAUCCUAGUGAACAUUUUUAAUAAGGAAACAAA